AUGUCGAAAAAGUUUGGGACAGCGUCGCUGAAAACUCCACGGAAGUUUCUAGCUGGGAAGAAGAAAGAGUUGAGCAGUGUGAUCAAGACUGUUUUGCCAGCUGGCAUGGCCGCUCCUGCUCCCCCUCUGGGACCCAUGUUAGGACAAAGAGGAAUACCCAUCACGAGUUUCUGUGCUGAUUUCAACAUGAAAACUGCCCAUUUUAGACAAGGCAUUCCUUUGGAUGUGGCCAUCAACAUCAAGAAAGAUCGCUCAUUCACUCUGGACAUAAAUGUACCAUCCGAAGAGUGGCUGAUUCUGUCGGCAUGUGGAGCCACAGAACCCAUCAGACGACCAAGUAAAAGACAGCCUGGCGUGGAUCAGCCGCCGACUGGCGCGGUGUCUCUGAAGCACAUCUACCACAUAGCGGCCACUAGACAGAUGCACGAGCAGUUCAAGUAUCACAACCUACAGGAAUUAAGUCAACUGGUGGCCUACAAGUGCAAAGAACUCAAUGUGCACGUUUUAGACCAAGUGGACCAGCAGACGGCAGAUUAUUACCUCAACUGGAGGCAAACCUGGGAAACGGAGGAAGAUCGACUUAUACAGGCAGAGCAAGAAGCUUUGGAGAGUAUGAGGAAGUAA